UUUUUCAGGUAAAAGUGGGCAGUGGAUUCAUGGCUCAAAUGAAUCAGAGACUUGAACGGAGGGUGGGAAGUGUGCGCUCCCACGUGUGGUAGGGAAGGGCCCAGAUGCACCUGUCUGCACGGCCAGGGCCCUUUAGGACACGGAGUCCUGAUCCCAUGUCACUGCUGAAGCCUUGGCCAGUCGCCCCAAGCUCCCACAAUUGUGCACAUGGAGUGUUCUUGCCCUCCGCGAGAGAGAGACAGAGAGGGAGAGAGAAAGUACAAGUUCGUUGCAGGGUAUUUCAAGGUGGCUGGCGUGAGUUGAGGAGGAGAUGGGGAAGUGGCGUUGUCGAUUGGCUGGUGUGGCAGGGGGCAGCUCAGGGCUCUGCUCUGUGUUGCAGCCUCACCAUGGAGCAGUUGAGCGCGGCAAACACCCGCUUCGCCUUGGACCUGUUCCGCGUCCUGAACAACAGCGAUCCUGCCGGCAACAUCUUCAUCUCCCCCUUCAGCAUUUCAUCAGCGCUGGCCAUGGUCUUUCUGGGGACCAGAGGCAAUACCGCAGCGCAGAUGUCCAAGGCUCUCUAUUUCAAAGGGGUUGAAGAGAUUCAUUCGGGGUUUCAGAGUUUGAAUGCUGAUAUCAACAAACUUGGAGCUCCCUACAUUCUGAAACUUGCUAACAGGUUAUAUGGAGAGAAAAGCUAUGAUUUCCUCCCUGAGUUCUUAGCUUCAACUCAGGAAAUGUACGGUGCUGAACUGGCCAGUGUGGAUUUUCUGCAGGCCGCCGAAGACGCAAGGAAGACCAUAAACGAGUGGGUCAAAGGUCAGACGGAAGGGAAAAUUCCAGAGCUGUUGGCCUUACGUGUGGUUGAUAGCAUGACUAAGCUGGUGCUGGUGAAUGCCAUCUAUUUCAAAGGAAACUGGCAGGAGAAAUUCAUGAUGGAGGCCACAAAAGAUGCAGCUUUCAGACUGAAUAAGAAAGACACAAAACUAGUGAAAAUGAUGUAUCAGAAGAAGAGGUUUCGGCUUGGCCACAUCAAGGACCUUAAGUGCCAGGUGCUGGAACUGCCCUACGAGGGAAAGGACCUCAGCAUGGUCAUCCUGCUGCCGGAUGACAUCCUGGACGAGUCCACGGGGCUGAGGAAGAUUGAGCAACAGCUGACUUUGGAAAAGCUGCGUGAGUGGACCAGACCCGAGAAUCUGGAUCUCCUUGAGGUCAAUGUCCAGCUGCCCAGGUUUAAGCUGGAGGAGAGCUACGAGCUCAGCACUCUGCUGGCCUCCCUGGGUAUGCAGGAUCUCUUCAGUGGCAAGGCUGACCUGUCCGGCAUAUCAGGAGCCAGAGGCCUCUCUGUAUCGAAGGUGGUCCACAAGUCCUUCGUGGAGGUGAACGAGGAGGGCACAGAGGCGGCGGCUGCCACCUCGGUCGCCAUAGUCCAUUUGUCCAUGCCGUUGACAGAGGAGUAUUUCACCGCCGACCACCCAUUCAUUUUCUUCAUUCGGCACAAUCCCUCCACUAGCAUCCUGUUCCUCGGCAGACUUUCCUCCCCGUAGAGACUAGAAAUACAAGGUCAAGCUUGGAGCAUUUUACCUGCCCUUUCAAUGGUGACCAUUUUCAUAGAUCUUUACCAGUAUAACUACUAUCCAAAAAUGAAUCUUUAAUCUCCUGUGUAAGCUCAGUCCUGUUGGCUGGUUACACCCAUUAACUUGGCAUGGGUAUCUGUUCUUCUUUGUUUUUUUUUUCUGCGGUACUCGGGCCUCUCGCUGUUGUGGCCUCUCCCGUUGCGGAGCACAGACUCCGGACGCGCAGGCUCAGCGGCCAUGGCUCAUGGGUCCAGCCGCUCUCCGGAAUGUGGGAUCCCCCCGGACCGGGGCACGAACCUGCGUCCCCUGUAUCGGCAGGUGGACUCUCAACCACUGCGCCACCAGGGAAGCCCAAUCCCUCCUUUUUUAAAGCUUAAUUUAACGAACACUUUGAAUGUUGACUUUGGCCCAGAUGCUGGGGAUGUAAAAAUGAAAAUAAAUAAAUAAAUAAAUAAAAGAAACUUGCCCCAGUAUGAUCUGACAUUACGAGUGGCAAUGACUCCUGCUUCUAACACUCCUUCCGUAGGGGCUGUGAGAACCCUCCUUACUCUGUGUCCUGUGGGGAUCAAGGUAGGACCCUCCUCCCACGGGUCCUGUAGGGAGGAUUAAUUAGCUCUAUGCAUCUCUGGCCCUGAGGGCAAUGCCUGGGACAGGAUAGGGCCCGAGACAACGGCCCAAACUCCAACUUGUUAAUACUUUCAAACACCCUGUGAAAAUGCAGGGAUCAGGGUUUCAUGGCAGCGGCCAACGUAUGUUAAUUUGGCUUCCAGGCAUAGCGACCAUAACACAGUUUGAGAAGGUGGCCCUCAGCUCAUGUUCCUUUUCUAGAAGUCUAUUUUGCUCUGGGGAGCACAGCCGGGGGUGCUCAGCUUUUCACAUGGCGACCUGGUGUUUCAGAUGACCGGGACUCAAGGCUGGCAGUUCUUCAAGACGAGUCUAGGUCUUCAUACUCUUAUAAGAAUGCUAAAUUCAUUAGUCUGUACCAUCACUGAAUGCAACAAGUGCGUGGCAAGCUUGUCUCCCCUGUAACCUGUUUUAUCCGACUAGAAACUUCUGAACAAAAUCAAGAGGACUGUAAAAUUCCAGCUGCUACUGCACAGCACUCCCAACCCUGGGGGACACUCAGGGGACAGGGUCUGUCCUCACGUCUUCAGGCCACCCUGCCAGGGCUGGCCAAGCCCCUUAAGGACCAGCCUUCACCCCGAUUCCUGCACGCUGUAUUCAUGGCUGCAUCUGCCACACAGCAUUCCGGCCAGGGACCAGCCUCCUGUAUGUCACAGGAGGUCGUGGAGAGGACGUGACCACUGGGUGACCAUCGAGCUGGACCCGGGCAAUGGGAGGCUCCUCGCUCCCUCCCGUCCUUGGGAUGUACGUCUGCCCACAGUUCCUGCACUAGGAGCCUCUUCAAGGACUUCUCAACUUGACUUUGCAACUAUAAUUACAACAACUUACCAGGCAUUUUGAGCUAUGUUAAUCUGGCAGAUGACUUGACAUUACUUCUUUUGCUUUAUUGUGAAAUACAAUGCACAGAUCAUAAGGUUAAUUGAACAGUUAAUUAUAAAGCAUGCACCGUGGGACCCAGGUCAAGAAAGCAAGUCUGCCGUGCACAGGAAGCUGCCUCUGCUCCAUGUGACUCCCCCUGGUCACAGCCCCUUCCUCUUGUCUCCCCACAGGUAACAACUCUUCUAACUUUGCGAAAAUUUCCUUGCUUUCCUCUGUGGUUUACCCUUCUGCUCUAUUCCUAAGCAGUACAGUUUGCUUCAGCCUGAUUUUGAGAUUUCCAUAAAUGAACUAAUGUUGAAACGUCGUCUUCUGAAUCCGGCUUCUCUUGCUCAACUUAUGUUUUGUAGCUUCAUCUAUGCUGUGAAUGCAGCAACAACGUGUCCAUGUUUGUUACUAUAUAGUAUUCCAUUGGAUGGAUAUAUCACGAUUUAUGUCCCCAUUCUGCUGUCGCUGAUUUUGGGGCUCACCGAGAAAGGUACCUCCAGCAUUCCUAUAGAUGUCAGGAUGUACAAUGGGAAUACACUUCUCUAGGAGAAGGUUGCUGGGUCAACAUUCUUAAACAACUGAACUUGAAUAAUGAUCACCAAACUAUUUUGUAAAGUAGUUUUCCCAGUUUGUAAUCCCCCCAGGAGUGAGAGAAGCCCAGUGGGUCUACGUUCUUGGCAACACUUUGAACUGCAGAAUUUUCAAAGUUUUUGGCAAUGUGAGUGGGAGAGAUCUCAUUAUGUUUUAAGCUUGUAAGUUUGUAUUUAACACCUUUUUAUGCAUGUAUAAGCCAUUUCGAUUUCUUCUUUUAAAGUAUUUAUUCAAAUUGUUUGCUUGGGUUUUUUUAAUGUGCUUUUAAUGUGCUUUGUAAAAGUUAUACACAAACACGAUAACCGUCUGUCCAUUGUAUGCCUUUCAAUUCUCUUUCGGUUGUGUGGCUUGUCUUUUUAACUGUCUUAAUGUUGUCUUGGUAAUAAAGAGAAAUGAUUAUUUUUAAA